AUGAACGUGACUCGGGCUCUCUCGCUGUGUCCCACAUCCCCCUCCACCAACCUGGGGCUCUAUAUUAAGGUCACGGCACUAGGGGGUGGAAAUUCGUUUGAGUACCAACAAGCGUUCCUCAUUGUUUUUUUUUUCACAAUGGCGCGUGAGGUUAAAGUUCGCGUCCGGCGGUCGGCAUAUACUCAGGGCAACGAAACACCUAACGAGUCCGAGAACUAUUAUUACAAGGGCGGGGACAGGUACUCGAUGAAAAACUACCGGAAGAGCCCCUGCCAGCGCCAUACUCUGUACGUAAGUUUCCGGAGCCUUAGAUGGCAGGAAUGGAUUAUCGCCCCUGACGGCUACGCGGCGUUCUACUGUGGCGGCGAGUGCUCUUUCCCGCUUAGCUCCCAGAUGAACGCGACUUAUCACGCCAUCGUCCAGACGCUUGUACAUCUCACACGACCUUACCAGGUUCCCAAGCCCUGUUGCGCCCCGAAGAAACUGGCAUCGAUCCAGGUUCUUCAUUUCGAUGAAAAAUCGAACGUCGUGUUGAAUAAGUACAAAAACAUGAAGGUGAAGGCUUGCGGGUGCCAUUUGUUCGUGAGGGACGGUUAUUCGCGAUCAGAAAAAAAAGGACAAAAGCUUUGA